AUGCCCUUGAUAGAAGCAUGGCUCAAAGCAUGGCUCUACUUGGGAUUUAUGAUUGGAUGUUUCGAGGCAACACGUCCACAAUUCGACAUUUCCACGGAUAUGGGACAUGUUUUAGUUCCAGCCGAUGCCGAAGUCAAUUCUACAAUUUUCCGUUUACGUGCCACCGAUCAAGAUGCCGAUUUUCCAUUGACUUUCGAUAUUUAUGGUAAAGCAACAGCAACUCCAGUUGUCCGGGUUGAAAAUUUACCGUGCACAUUGUACAACAAAGUGUGUCAGGCUAACGUGAUUCUUGUGAGGCGGUUAAUUCCCGGAAGACUUCACGACUUCGUUGUUCGAGUUAAAGAUACUAAGGGUGAAUUUAAUUCAAUGCAAGCAACUAUUUCGGUCACCAAUUGCACAACACCUCAAGAUAAAAUAUUUCCUCACAUUCCAUCUCUUGUCAUGGUACCCGAGGAUGCAAAGCCAGGUACAGAACUAGAUUACAUUUUAGUUCGAGGAAAUCCCUGGAGUGGAAAACCAGUCUACAUAGAAUUGUGGCAACCGAAAGAGAUGUUUAAAAUCAGACAACGACAAACCGCAGCCACUACACGAGGGGUAAUUACGCUUAUCGGGGAAUUGGAUUUUGAAACUCAAUCCAUGUUCACCCUCACACUGUACGCAACGGAUGCAUACACGGAAUUAGGAAAGGAUACACGUAACAUUGCCGGGUUAAAGGUCGUGGUUGUUGUCAAGGACGUUCAGGAUGUUCCUCCAAUUUUUACACUUGCACCACCAUUAACAAAAAUUAAUAAUACCGUCAAACCCGGUGACGUAGUCUUAAGAGUUCACGCAGAAGAUGGAGAUAAAGGAGUUCCUAGAGAAAUAACUUAUGGUCUGUUACCGGAUAACAAUCCUUUUGUUACAUUUUUCAAUAUUUCGGAAAGUACAGGGGAGAUAUUUUUAUCACGUCCAUUACAAGAAUUGACGCAAAUUACUUAUGUGGGAGCACCAGUGGUGUUAAAAGUGGUCGCCGAAGAAAUUCGAAGGAGUAAAGAUGAACCCCCUGCACAAUCAACUGUCGUUGAAGUUGGCUUUCUUCUCGGUGAACCGGGAAAUAAUCCACCUCAUUUUGAGAAUGAUAAUUACAUGGCAUGGCUUAAUGAAAACGCAGAACCGGGUUCAAUGGUUACGUUCAGUGAUUCUUAUUCGACAAAAGUCAAAGACGAUGAUGUUGGAAAAGCCGGAGUUUUCGCACUCAAAUUAGAAAAUAACAAUGGUACCUUUGAAAUUAAUCCAACUGUUGGUGAACGAGCAACAAAUUUUAUUAUCACAGUUAGAGAUAACAGUCUUAUUAACUAUGAAAUGUAUCAUAGUCUCAAUUUUAUAAUUACAGCUCAAGAAGUUGGUCCAGCGACAAAUUUAUCAACAAGCGUACCAGUAAUAAUACUUUUACGAGAUGUUAAUGAUAAUAUACCAAUAUUUGAUGAAAAAAAAUACGAAGUCGACCUCUCGGAAAACACAACAAUGGGGACAAAAGUUAUUCAGGUACAUGCAACUGAUAAGGAUUCAGGAUUGUAUGGAAUGAUACUGUAUACGGGCAUCACGGGAACUGGUAGUGAAGCGUUUACAAUGGAUCCAAAUAGCGGCUUAAUAUCCGUCGCUAUGGGGAAUAAACUCGAUCGAGAAAGGACUCCCCAACUGCAAUUGUCAGUGGAAGCUCGAGACGAGGUUGGCAGGGGUCUCAGAGGCGUUGUUCCCUUCAUCGUUAACUUAUUAGACGUCAAUGACAAUGCUCCAAUUUUCGAUAAAUCUAGUUACGAAUUCACACUCAACGCCGAUCUUACUAAUUUCACAAUGCCAGCAUUCAUCAAGGCAACCGAUGCUGAUGCCGAGCCGCCAAACAAUGUGGUACGCUACGAAAUUAUACACGGAAACUACGACAACAAAUUUUAUUUGAACGAGGUCACAGGUGAAUUGGUUUUACGAGAGGCUGUUAACAAAACGCGAUACAUUAGACAAAACACUCAUUUAAAGAAAGAAAGAGGAGCCAACGUUUUCAAUAGAAAUAAAAGGGAAAAUAUUUCACAAUUUUUCAAAAAAAAAUUCAAACCAACAACAAAUUUUUAUUCAGGAAAAAAUAGUGAAAAUAUUUUUUCUAAAAUUAGUUACGUUCGAACAAAACGAGCAGAGGAGAAUGCACUUUUUACAUUAACUGCAAGAGCUUACGAUCAGGGAGUGCCACAUCUUUCAAGCCAGACGCAAAUACGAGUGUUGAGAGGAGCUGUGAUGGGAGCAGCUCGCAUUGUGCUGUUUGUAAUGCCUGGAGAACAUCCGGAUCCGGCGAAAACUGCCAAAACAUUAGCUACCAUUACUGGGGAAAGUGUUAUUAUUCAAGAGAUCCGACCCUACAACCCACAGCCAAGUGAUCCUGAGGGUGGAAAAAAGAGUGUAAUUGUCGCACGAGUUGAACAACAAGGUAUUGGCACUUUGGUGGAUAUUGAAAAAAUUCGAAAAACUCUAUUACCUUAUGGAGUGGGUGUGAUAAUGGACCCAAACGAUGGAGUAAAAACAAUAACAGGGGACACUAAAAUUAUCACUAACAAUUCGGUUACAAUUAAUCAAAAAGAAGUAACAACAUACAAGGCGGAGAACAAGCUUUUGACAUGGCUACUAAUCCUCUUGGGUCUUCUUAUUCUCCUCGCUAUUAUAUGCCUGAUAAUCUGCUGCAUAUGUCCUGGAUGUCCCUUUUAUAUGGAGCCAAGAAAAAGAAGAAUACAUUCAACAGAGACGCUUAUUUAUCGAGCCGAUGGAAGACCAAAAAAGCAUCUUCGUCGAAAACGUACUGAAGACAUGGAGAAAAAACAGGCAUGGAGUGCAGAUCCCAUAAAACGAAAUUGGCAAUUUAAUCGAAGAAAUACAAAACAAUAUGGAUUGGCAUCACUACCUGGUGAUGUGGCUCAUGUCGAUAUUGAACCAAAAAGAAAUGCACUAUCAUUGAGAUUACAAAACGAUAGUCCAGCUCCAAUUCACAAAUUUAUGCGAAGAUCAGAUGACGAUAGAAUGUACGUGGAGGAUGUUGAGGCACAAGUCAGAAAUUACGAAACAGAUAUGGAUUCAAUAAGAAGACACGAAAUCGCCAGGGGAUCGGAUAUAUCUCGUCAGAGGCAACUUGCUAAUCACAAAGCAAAUGUUCGUGAACAACAUUUUUUUCGAGAAGGUAACGCCGAAGUUCUUCGACUUGUGACCAGAGGUCAAGAUGAAGAGACUCAGAGACUCAGAGAGCGAGAACAACUUCAAGAACGUGGACAAAUUCAUCGACCAGUGACAUUAGUGAUUGAUCAACAAUCCCAUCUCUAUCGAGACGGAAAAGAAAUUCUUCUUCAAAGAUUUAUUGAGGAUCAAGAAAUUAGACAAGAUCUUCUUGGUAGUAGACACGAUAUCGAAGGUUUGAGCAUGGAAUCUCAUCAGCAUCCAAAGGAAGUAUCGCCAAGACGUCAGGAGAUUUUGUUAAUUCCACAAAGAUUAGAGGCCGAGACACUCAAGUACCUUCCCUCUGGUCAAAGAAUUUUAAUUGAUCGAAGUGAUUACACAGAGCCACGACGAAUUGAAAAUGAAGGUAAUCUUCGAAGGGAAAUCAGAGAAGGAGGUGGUGAAGCAAUGGCCAGUGAUCCAGCAUCCAAAAGCGCUGAAAAUUCCACUGAUGACACCAGAGAUCCUCGUCAGGCAAACGUUCAGACCUACACGAUAAACGAAGUGGAACUAGUGAGGCAAAAUGCUCUUCUAACUCGCCUUCUUUUAGAAAAAGAAUCAAGUAGAGGUGUUCCAGGUAAUCUCGACGCGGGAAGCUAUCUAGAAACCCAAAGUCUUCCCGGUCAAGUGGCAAUGGCAACCCAAACUGACAGAACAACCGCCACGCAAACGGAUCGUCAAAUUCGAAGCAGAAGUGACAAUGACGAAUCCGAUGAUGAGAAUAGACUGAGAAAGAAAGCAAAGGUCAAGAAAAAAGUUCAACCCAUAAAGACCAGUUGGAUUAAAUCAAUACCAGAAGAAAUUCCCCGAAGUCCCGAGGUACGAACUAUACGAAGAAAGACUGAAUCUAAACGAACACCAGUCUCACCGGAUGUACUUCAAGAAAUCUCCGAUUCCCUCGAUGAAGUUGCAAAUAGCAGUUCUCCAAGAGAUGAAGAGGAUUCGCCCCAAAUUCGACAAAGAACAAUUGAACUCAGUUCCGUUAGUAAAACUGAAGAUUCCACCUCACCCGAAACAGAGAAAGAUAAAUUCAUAAAGAACAGAAUCAAAAAAGCCAAAGAAAAACCAUCCUCCAAAAAGAAAGAAGAGCCUAGCUUUCGUAUUUUAGAAAAAGAAAUCACAUCCUUGCAGAAAAAAAUUCGAAACUUCGGUCAAAGGAAAUACAAAAAGGUCGAUAUGCAAACGGAGGAUGAAGAUGACACGGAAAGAAAAAAAGGAUCAAAAAAUGUCAAAGAUCUAAAUUCAAAAAAAGACACUAAAAAAGAUUUUAGACAGAAUUAUGAUUCAAAAACAAAGGAUCAAGAUUCGUCAACAAAAGAAAGUGAUGUGCCUCGAAAGAAGAAAUUGGAUCAAGGAAGAAUAAAAAAGCAUACCCUAAAACAUCAAGAAGUAGUUCAAUCAAUUAAUUCCGAAAUUUCUGAAUCAGAAAAUAUCAAAGCUAAAGAAUUAAAUCUAAAAAAGGUUGAAAUUAGCAAAAGGCCCUUUAAAAUAAAACGACAAUCAAGACUACAAGUUUCAAAGGGAACAAUGAAAAAUAUAAUUUCUCGAACUAAAGAAGUCACUAAACGAAAAGUGAGAGAAUUAAAAAAGAGCGAUGACUCAUCAGGCGAGAAGCAAUUAAUCAGAAGCUCAAAAGUUACCCAAGAAUCUAAAAUUCUUCCCAAAGAUGAUUUAUCAGAUAUAUCAAAAUCAGCUUACACUAUCAUUAGUACCCGAAUGGAAAGUCCUCCAUCGAAAAUAACUGACAAACAUCAAAAAGCUGAAACAAAGACUAAACCUGAAGCAAACAAAGAUGAAGGCAAAUAUUCAAUUCCUCAACAAGAAAGGAUUUCUCGAGAGACUGAAAAGGAAAAACAAAUCUCGAAUGCAAAGUUUGAUAAUAAAACGAAAAAAAUACUACAACAUGUUACAGAUGAAAAUGAACAAUUUUCCGAUACAAAUAAAAAAGAAAACAUUUCAAUGCAACAAAUUUCCGAAAAAGGAGUACAACAAGUUUCGGAAGCAAAUUUUUCCAAAGGAACAUUAUUUUCAAAGGCAACUUUAGAAGAAAAUAAAGAAGAUACGAAUGAAACUAGUUCACCCUUUUUGGAACUAAAAUCAGCCACUAUAGAUCAGGGAACAUGUGGAAAAUUAAAUGAAACAAACGAGAACGAAUUAAGUAGUAUUAAGGAAAAAUUAAUCAAAGAUGAAAUGAAUAUUAAAGAAAAAGUAAUCAAGGAAACAAAAGAUAUUAAAGAAAAAUUAACCAAAGAUGAAAUGGAUAUUAAAGAAAAAGUAAUUAAGGAAACAAAAGAUAUUAAAGAAAAAUUGGUGAAGGAAACAACUGAUAUUAAGAAUGAAUUGCUUCAGAAAAAUGCAAACAAAAAGGAGCAAUUGAUAACUGAAGUGAGUGAAGCUAAAGACGAAUUGAUUAAAACAACAAUGGAUCAGAAGGAUCAAUUAAUCGAGAAAGCAACAAUUCAGAAAGAUCAAUUGAUAGAAGAAAUAACUGAUAAGAAGAACCAAUUGAUAGAAAAAGCAAAUAGGAUAGACGAACAAAUGGAAAAGGCAACAGAUAAGAAAAACCAAUUGUUGGAAGAUGCAACAGAUAAAAAAAACCAAUUGUUAAAAGAAGCUACAGAUCAGAAAAACAAAUUGUUAGAAGAUGCAACAGAUUACAAGGACCAAUUUUUAGAUAAAGAAAUAGAAACAAAAGAAAAAUUAGUAGACAUUGUAACUGAAGUAAUGGAUAAGCUAAUGACAACACCUGAUAAAAUUGACAACCUAAUGGAUGUAGCUGCUGAAAAUACUGACAAAACAAAUACUAAAGUUGACAAAACUACAAAAGAAUCUCCUAAAAUUCCCAUAAAAGAAACAGAAGAAGUAAAAAUAAAAAAAUCCGAAAAUGUAACACAACAAAAAGAAGAAUCUAGUCCAAAAAUGAAGCCAUUAAUGCUAGAAACCGAAGACAUGAGAUUCAUAGACGAUUCACAAGAAUCAACAGUAGACACAAGUGAUGAGACUGACUCGACAAUUAAACAAUUUAAAAACGUACAAGAAAUCAAUAAGACUGAUAGUGAUUCACGAACCUUAUCCUUCGAUGAAACUAGAUCUAGUGAAAGUAAAGAUAAAGAGAAAACAGUGGAAUCUAAAGAAACUUCAGACGAAUUAAAAGGUGAACGAAUUAUUGAAACAAGUCAAACAGAAACUUCCGAAACAAGUUCCGACAGUUCUGCAAAUGUUUCCAAAGAAAAAGCCUAUAAACUACUUCGUUCAUCCACUGAUUCGUUUGUAGAUCACGAGCAAUUUUUACAAAGUUUUCAAGAUUCUGAAAGUAAGGAAAAAAAUGAUGUUAAAAAAAACGCAAAAAUUGAAGAAGAAUCAUUAAAAGAGGAUGCAGAUGACAAGAAAAUUCAUACUCAAGAUAAAAAGACUGCAAAGGAUAUACCUUUAAAAACUGUUUCAAAUCAAGAUGAAAGCACUAAGAAAAUUAUCUCACCUACAAAAUCAUCUAGUAAUUUAGAUAAAAAUAAACCCAUCACUCUACAACAAAAAUUUGAUAAAAUUUUAGAGGAGCCUUCGAAAUCAGUUGACGAAACAAAAGUAUCUAAACCUUCCAUGGAAAAAAUAGAGAAGGAAACUUCUUUUGAUUCAAUAGCAAAAAAAGACAAUUUAACAUUCCGAAAUGAAGAUCACGAAAGAAAAAUGGCUAAAAUUUUACAAGAGGAACAACAACGAUUACAAAGAUUAGAAUUACUUUACAAACAAUUUAGUGGUACAACAGAAUCUGACAGUGAUUCAUCAACGGAAAGUGACAUGUCCAGUAAAACAAUGUUGACAACACAACCAUAUCACACUCCUCGACAUUCGCCAAAAAUUUUUGACACUGAUGAUUCAAAAAAAUCGGAAAACAAUCUUCAAGCAUCAAAAAAUAAUUUAGAAAAGAAAAAUUCUUUAAAAAUUUCACGACAAGCUGCACUCGAUAUUGAAGAUAAAACGGAUAUUAAAAAGCAAACUGACGACAAUGGGCAUAUAAAAAAGAAAAAUGUAAAAGAAUAUCAAAAAUCUUCAAAAACAUCAGUGACAAAACCAAGAAAAGAAAUUAAGAACUCUCUUUCGGAGAAUGAAAUUAAAAAAUCAAAAUUUAGAGAUAAAUCCCCAUUGAUUCCAAAAUUUGAUUCCAAAAAGCAAGUAAGCAAAUUGCUUCCUGAGGAUAGUGGAAAAAAACAACAUAAAUCACAACACGAAAGAGAUAAAUCUCCAAUGGUACAUGGAAUCGAUACACUAGGACGUGAUACAAAAAAACCACCAGUUGAAAAAUCCACUAAAAUCAAUGAUAAUUCAAAAAGAACAAUCUUGAAAAAGGAUACAAAGAAAAUUUUUGCAUCCUCAACAACAGAAAUUGAAAGACAAAAGAAAAUAGCCGAAGAACAUUCAAAAAAAUCAAUUUCUCAAGAAAGAAGACAAAGAAGUUUAUCUCCCAAAAAAGAAGAAAAAAUUCGAGAAAAGUCACCAAGUUUGCAUCAAAAAGAAAAGCAAUUAGAUAAAAAUUCUCCAAAAUCACCUCAAAGAGAAACAAAAAAAUUAAUACGAGAUAAAUCUCCUCUUGUUUCCGAUCAAUCUGAAAUUCAUCAUCUCAAAAAAUCAAAAAUUGAUAUUAAACCCGAAUCUGAAGAGCCCAUUAAAGCUGAAUCAAGAUACAUGUCGUGGUACAAGCAAAAAAGAGAAGAAAUGGAAAAGAAGAGAGUGGAACGAAAAUUGGUAGAGGAGGAAAAACAAAGACCUCGUUGGAUGAAAACCUCAUUGUUGACGAUACCAAAAGAACCAAAUAAAUCACCAGAAGCAAAAUCAGAGGGAACACCAAAAUUAAAGCACAAAGUGAAACCUUCCGUAAACGUUGAAUCGGAACAAUUAAAAGCAAUUGUUCGUCAAGGGAGAAAAAUGCGAAAAGGUAAAGCAGAACAAGAUGUAACUGUACAAAUUUUUACACCUAAAAAUCCACCACCACCACCAAUGGAAAAUCAUUUGCAAACAAAUUCAAAACAUCAUUUGAUACAACACUCCGAGUAUAAAUACGAAAAAAUACCACCUCCAUUUUAUCUUCAUCCGCCACCUGCUCCAUAUCCCUCACCACAAAAUUCACCCGAACAUUUUCUCGAUCAAGAAGGAAGAAAAAUUGAAGAUGAUUUAGAUUCGGGUAUUGCAGUAUCACUUCAAGGUGGUACAAAAUUGAGACAUCAACAAUUGUUAGAGAAAAAAAGUGUGUUCGAUAUUGCCUACAGUGAGGCUGCGCCUUCACAUCUUCGCUCUGACAGCAGUACACCGCCAUCUUAAAGGAAGUUAAUUUUUUGAUAAAGUUUUCCUUUUCAUCUAACCAAGCAGAGAAAAGUGGUAUUUCGAAUAUAAAAUACACGGUCAAUAAUAUUCUACUUUGACUGAUUUUUAAACUAGACAUUUCUAAGUUGAAAUUUUUUUUUAAUCAAAUUUUCUCUCCCAUCGUGUAUAGAUAUCGAUAAGCAUCUAGAUAAGUGUAUCAUUAAUCAAUGUUCGAAUCCGUCCAUAAGAUUGUUAAUAUUUCUCUCUAAAUUUGAAUUUGUGAAUAUUUCUACUUAUUUUUCAUCAAAACUAGGGAAAAAAAUAGAACUGUCUUUAAAUAUUAAGUCUAAAAAAAUUAGAAGAAUUAGAAUUAGAAAAAAAUUAGUGGAUAACUUCACUAAUUCAGAUUUAGAGUUCGAUUAAGGUGUGCUUGUAAAUGGUUUACAAUUUUUUUUUUUCCUUACAAUGCCUAGUAAAUUUUGACUGAUAAAAAGAAGAAGAAGAAAAAAAUCAAGUCUUAAUUCUUGAAAUUCUUUAUAGAAUUAUUAGUUUUAAAAUAGGAAAUUUUUCGAUUAUCUUAAAAAUAAGAACCAAGAAACGAAAUUAACAAAUUUUUUUCUGGUGAAAAAACUGAAAGACUUUUUUUGUUACAAUUUCUAAUUUAAGUGCCUUGUAACGAUUGAUAAUACAAAUUUUAAAAUUUCUAUAACUUUUUUAUAGAAUAAAAUUUAUGAAAUUUACAUUAAAUUACGCAGAAUUUCAGUAAAAAUAAAUACAAGAUAUACGUGUAUAUAUAUGUACACUGCCAUUUAUCAGUUUAUUAGUAAAUUGUUGUUUUUCCAAAAGGUGCCAAGCAUUAAAAAAAACGCAUUUUCCGUUAUAUUUAUUAACAUGUAAACAAAUUUUUUUUAAAAUUAUUUUAC